GCGGGUCAACAGCAAAUACGGUCAUCGGCCUUCGGGAGUUUGAGUAAAGAAAUAAAUCAAGCACGACUAGGGAUGUUGGGAGAGCUGAUGGAGAAUCGCAAACGUGCUGAGGAAUCAGAGCAGUUCUUUCUGACUCGAAUGCAGCAGGAAGCUACGAGCUUCCAACACCUCGUACAGAUGUUCGAAGACUCACUUCACAAGGUGAGUGCUGAUUUGGAUUCUCGUCUGGUAGGGUUCAUCCGUGGCGAAGACGUGAAGGCGAUGCUGGAGGAGAAGACGGGAAAAUUGGAAGAGAGGUUGUCGGGAAUAGAGGCCAAGGUUGACCUGAAGGCUCACGAAUCUACUGCUCGCAUAGCAUGUCUAGAAGCAGUGGUAGCAGGACUUCAAAAGGAGAUUAGCAAAAUGAAGGAGGAGCAUCAAGAGGAAAUGGAAGCGAUGGGAAAGCGAAUUGAAGUGGUCUCGACGUCUACAAAAAGUGAAGUGAGCCGCACUGAGGCUGCGCUCAGUGGCAGAGUCGACGGUGUUGAGGAGAAAUUCGGAAAAGAGUUGCAUGAAGUGCAAGAGGAAAUGCAAAAAGGAUUCUCUACUGUAAAUGGGGAGAGACUAGAUGUCAUUGAUCACAGUAUGACCGAACUUAGUACUAGGAUGGAUGCCUUUGAUUCGAAAAUCGAUGCUGUUGAUAAUUGCAUCAUCAGCAUGCAGGGCAAGCAUAAGAAAAGCCGGGAGGAAGAUGAUACGAAACAUGCCCAAUUGGAGACUGCCUUCAAGGAGCUGGACGGCAAGAUGACGGGAGAGUUCACAAGUAUUGGGGAGAAAAUUUCCGAGUUGGAAAAACGUAUCACUGAAAAGGCUAGCAGCGAGUCAAUACGGCAGUUAUGCGAGGGGACUGUGACUGAGAAAGUUGCUGCUGUUACAGCGCAGAUGGAUGCCCGCUUCGAGACGGUGUCGAAGCAAAUGGUCGACUUCCAGAAGGUCUGUGAUGAGCAGAAUGAGGAGUUCACAAAGGAGCAUGAAGAAUUGAAAAAUCAAUUGAAUAAAGUGCAUGAAGUGGCGAAGUCGGCUGGCAUCGAGAGAGAUCAACAAGGAGCUAAGUUGGAGUUAAAAUUACAGCACACUAUGGAUGGAUUAACGAAACGAGUUCAAGUUCUGGAGCCGAGAAUGGAUGAGCUACAGCGCGACAUUCAAAUGAAGCUAAGCUUGAUUUCUCGUAAAUUGCGGCAUCUUUCUCACUCGGGGUUGAAUCAUUCAUGGAGGAUUGAUGAUGCCAUGAAUAAAAUCGGAGCUCUUGGCGUCUCUGCUGGCCGUUUUAUCGACUCUUCCCCGUUCGCCCUUGGUGCCUACAAGAACAUGCAGUUGCGGCUUUUCCCCAAAGGAUGCGGUCAUGGACCGCCGGGGGCGGCAUCGAAUGUUGUGUCGGAGAAAUCAGCACGAUGUAGCGUAUGGUUGGUAUGGAAUCCACAAGCAUCCAAUAGAGAGGCUCGGUUGCCGCCAAUACGAGUCGAGCUAGCAGUGGGAAAGUCUCGGAAGGGACCUUUGGAGAUGGGCCAUCAUGAAUCUCUUUAUGGGUGCUAUGUUUGGCAAGGAAAUGAUAUUUGUGUGUUGGAGGAUGAGCUCACCCCGAGCGGUUCCCUCGAAGUGUCAGUGUCCAUACCAUAUCGUCAAUGGUACGAUGCAUUGGAGCUCACCCCUGACGAGGCUGAAUUCGAGAAGGAUCAAUUGCAGAAUACCGUACCUCGGGCAACUUUCGCACCAAGGGGUCCACCGGGUGGUAACGAAGUGAUAGGAAGCUCGAGAAUGUCAGUGGCGAGCAGCGCCUUUACGUUUGGACCGGAUGGGCCUCCUAUGGGCAAUUCUACUGCUUUGUCGGCUCCUAUGAUGCGCUCACCGGAAACGUCGAACCCCUUUGAGCAAACUCUCCCCACACUAGCUGAAGUCGAACCGAGCAUGCGGAUAAGGCCGAGUUCUGCCACACAGUUGCGAUCGUUCUCACCAACGCCGACCUUUAGUGAUGGAGAAGCCACUGUGACCAACAGAAGCGAUCGAGUGCGGCCUCAAACGAUGAAUCUCAGUGCCACGAGGCAUAACCCUUUCAGCACAACAAGCAGUGACUUGGAGGCACCGACCGUUCCUAACAGCCCUGCCGCCCUUGCGAGCUCGCAGCCAACUACCCGACAACGCGAUUCUGUUCCCGCAAGUUUCUCUCAUCCCAUCGGACGGACCUCUGAUACUAUCUCGCCCCGACGCUCCAACUGGACACAAUUUGCUGGUUGAUGUUCCCGCGCCAGUCGCUGACAAAGCUAUAAUUUGCUGCUAAUAUUCCUGAAAGUUUUUGAUGAUAU